AGGAGAUGGUGAAAGCCAUGGUGGCAUUCUUGAAGGCACAACAGAUGGAGCACAUCCACUCCUCCCAGUUCAUCGGCAUCAGCUGCGACGAGAGUACCGACCGCACCCGCGGAAAGCAUCUCAUCGUCUUCGGCACCUUCUUAAAGAAGCGGCGCGUCGUCACUGAGUUCUUGAUCCUGCUCACCAUCGACAAAGAAGCGCUGGCGGUCAAAGACGCCUCCAACUCCUUCCCCGACCUGUUCAUCGUCGACGUGAUCAUCCGAGCUUUCGGGGAAAUCGUUGGUCGCUCGACUCCGUAGUACGAGAGGUUCAAGGCUCUGCAGCUUGUCAUCCACGACACGAACCUCGAACAUCAGGGGCUCUACGCUAUAAGGUGGCUUGCACGUGGUGACGCUGUGCGGCGACUCCGCAAGAUUCUCGGCGCAGUCAUCGUCGUCUUCAUCGAGUACAAGCACAAGCACGUCGCGCUGCUGAAGUCCUAUAAGUUCCACCGCUGUGCGACUCGAUAAACCGCCCUUUCAACUGUAUUCUACAACUG